CAUACAUGCUGAAAACUUGUAGUGGUGUAACACACACGACUGGUAGAAGAGCAUGUGGCUACAUGGUUGAGUCAUUAGAUGGAAAAAUGAGUUUCCCUCUCCCCACGCUCAUAGAGUGCAAUGCCAUCCCUAACAACAGGGAAGAGGUGCCAACGGCAGAAGCUGCUUUACACCACCCACACCUGAAAGCAAUAGCUGCUGAAAUACCACCUCUCGACCCAAGUGCAGACAUUCUGUUGCUGAUAGGACGCAACCUUCUGAGAGUUCACAAAGUGAGGGAGCAAAUCAAUGGCAGAGAUAAUGACCCGUUUGCGCAGAAGCUUGACCUGGGCUGGGUUAUCAUUGGCGAUGUGUGUCUUGGCAAUGCCCACAAGCCAAGUAAAGUGAAUGUUCUGAAAACCUAUGUAUUGGACAAUGGACGCCCAAGCUAUCUCACUCCCUGCAACAGUCACCUUAGUGUAAAGGAGGACUUCAGUCUGGGCCAAACCAAAGCCAUCUCCAGUCAACUGCCAUCUGCUCACUCACACCAAAGGCCCACAGCUGAGAAUUUGGGAGACUCUGUGUUUUGUCACACCAGUAACGACAACCACCUUGCUCAUUCAGCUGAAGAUGUAAUCUUUUUGAAAAAGAUGGCAGGCUUCUUCAAGGACAAUACAGACAGCUGGGUUGCACCACUCCCAUUCCGGACCCCCAGACGCAAACUCCCAGAUAACCGGUCCUACGCCUACCAACGGCUCAUGACGUUACGACGUACGCUUGACAAGAAACCAGAGAUGAAAACACACUUUGUGGAAUUCAUGCAGAAAAUGCUAGAUAACCAACACGCAGAGCUCGCACCACCUCCCAAUAAAGACAAAGAGUACUGGUAUCUCCCGAUAUUUGGCGUGUACCAUCCACAAAAGCCGGGGAAGAUACGUGUGGUGUUUGAUUCGAGUGCGCAGUUUGAUGGAGUGUCCCUGAAUGAGGUGUUGCUGUCCGGCCCGGACCUGAACAACACGCUUUUGGGUGUGCUGCUUCGCUUCAGGAAAGAACCAGUCGCAGUCACAGCUGACAUUGAACAAAUGUUCUACUGCUUUGUGGUCCAAGAAGACCACAGAGACUACCUUCGCUUUCUUUGGUACAAAGACAACGACCUUGGCAAAGACGUAGUAGACUACAGAAUGAGGGUGCAUGUCUUUGGUAACAGUCCUUCCCCGGCAGUGGCAAUUUAUGGGCUGAGACUGGCAGCAAGGGAAGCAGAAAGUGAGUAUGGAACUGAUGCCCGAGACUUUGUAGAGCACAACUUCUAUGUCGAUGACGCAUUAAAGUCUUUCCCAACUGCAGCUGAGGCUGUUGAUGUCCUACAGAGAACUCAGAAAAUGCUUGCCCUCUCAAAUCUACGUCUCCACAAGAUUGCUUCCAAUAAAGUGGAAGUGGUGAGUGCAUUCCCCCCUGAGGACAGGGCCAAAGAUAUCAAAGAUCUCGAUUUAACAACAGAUGAGCUUCCAGUCCAGCGCAGCUUGGGGGUAAGUUGGAAUCCCACAACAGACACGUUCACAUUCCAUGUUCCACAAGAGCAAAAACCCUUCACUCGCCGGGGCGUACUCUCCACAGUGAACAGCUUGUUUGACCCUCUUGGUUUGCUUGCACCUGUAACCAUCAAAGGCAGACUUCUUCUCAGAGAGCUCUCCAGCAGCAACCUUGAGUGGGACAGUUCCUUACCCCAAGACAUGUACGAUGGCUGGAGAAGGUGGCAUGACUCGCUGCGAAGUCUAACAAAUCUGCACAUUCCCCGCCCCUAUGUCACGUUCUCCAUCUCACAAGCCACAUUCAUUGAACUUUGUGUGUUCUCAGAUGCUUCAGUGAAAGCCAUCGCUGCGGUAGCUUAUCUGAAGGUCACACACGAAGAUAGGCACAGUGAGGUUGGAUUCGUUAUGGGUAAGGCCAGACUAGCUCCUGUACCAGAACCGACCAUUCCUCGAUUAGAGCUGUGCGCUGCAGUGCUUGCUGUGGAGAUGUCAGAGCUUCUCACAGUAGAACUAAACAUAAAGAUUGACAAGACAACAUUCUACACUGACAGUAAAGUGGUGUUAGGAUACAUUAAUAAUCAAAGCAGAAGAUUCCAUGUAUAUGUGAACAAUCGUGUACAGAGAAUCAAGCAGUCUUCCCUACCAGAUCAAUGGAGAUACGUCCCAUCAGAGCACAAUCCUGCUGAUCAUGGCUCUCGGUCUGUACCAGCAGAAAAACUCUCUGGUACUUCAUGGUUGUACGGCCCAGCAUUUCUUCUCAAUCACGAGACUCUCUCCCCAGAAAAGGGUCCAUUUGAACUUGUCGAUCCAGAGUCGGACAUUGAAAUUCGACAUAAAGUCAAUGUGCUUGUGACCACAACUGCUCCAGGUGCCUUGGGUUCAUCACGCUUUGAAAGAUUCUCAAAAUGGACUUCCCUUGUCCAAGCGGUGGCCUACCUUCGCCACAUCUCUCACAGUUUCAAGUCUAAAGAUGGUGAUGCCUGUAGCGGCUGGCAUCUUUGUAAGGCUAGUCUCACAGAUGAAGCUUUAUCUGAAGCAGAGCACACGAUCAUCAGGUGUGUCCAGCAUGAAGUUUAUGCAGAAGAAAUAAAAUGCAUCAUGGCAAAACGAGACUUACCACGCAACAGUGCUCUUCACAAACUUCAUCCCAUCAUCGAUGGCAAAAACUUACUGCGAGUAGGAGGUCGACUUGCAGAGUCUGGCUUGCCGAGUCAUCAAGCUAACCCUCUUCUGAUACCAGGGAAGCAUCACAUUGCAACGCUGCUUAUUCGACAUCACCAUGAAGCCACCCAGCACCAAGGAAGACACUUCACUGAAGGGGCUGUGAGAGCAAGUGGCUUAUGGGUAGUUGGUUCUAAAAGGUCUAUCAGCAGUGUAAUCCACAAAUGUGUCACCUGCAGAAAGCUUCGAGGUAGAACAGAGCAGCAAAUCAUGUCUGACUUACCUGCCGAACGCCUUCAGACGGACCCCCCAUUCUCUUAUGUUGGGCUCGAUGUAUUUGGACCGUGGGAGGUUUCAACACGCCGCACCAAAGGUGGUCAAGCAAACAGUAAGAGAUGGGCAGUCCUGUUCACUUGCAUGUCUACACGGGCUGUUCAUAUUGAAGUGAUUGAAACUCUCAGCUCUUCCAGUUUUAUCAAUGCUCUUCGCAGGUUCUUUGCGAUCAGAGGCCCCGCCAAGCAGUUGAGGUCAGAUUGCGGAACCAAUUUCAUUGGUGCCUCCAAGGACCUAAAGUUGCAUUCCCCAAAACCUGGUGAGACAAGUGUGGAUGACUACUUACGCAAGCAGAGGUGUUCCUGGGUGUUUAAUGCUCCUCACUCAUCUCACAUGGGUGGUGCCUGGGAGCGUAUGAUAGGCAUCUCACGACGCAUCCUAGACUCAAUGCUCCUACAAGCAGGAAACCCUACACUAACUCACGAGGUCCUGACAACGUUAAUGGCGGAAGUCACAGCUAUUAUCAACGCAAGGCCCUUGGUACCCGUUUCCUCGGAUCCAGACGCUCCCUUGAUCCUGACCCCCUCAGCUCUGCUCACCCAGAAGUUCGAUCCGAUCCCAACUCCACCUGGGGAUUUCACCAAGGCCGACAUAUAUACACGUCAGUGGAAGAGAGUUCAAGCCCUUGCCGACACAUUCUGGGCCAGGUGGCAGAAGGAGUACCUCCACAUGCUCCAAGGUCGUCAGAAAUGGCAGCUCAGCAAACCAAACUUGAAGGAAGGAGACGUUGUUCUUCUGAAGGACAAGCAACUAAAAAGAAAUGAGUGGCCUAUGGGUGUCAUCGUGAAGACACUUCCAAGCAGAGAUGGAGUUGUCAGAAAAAUGGAAGUGAAGGUGACACGUGACAAGAUUGCAAAGACAUUCUGUAGACCCAUUUCGGACUGUAUCCUUCUUCUGAGAGAUUGGUCUAACAUGUAAAUAGUGGCAUUUUUUAAAAUAAUGCCAGGCGGGGAGUGUACUGGAACUGUUUGUAUGCUAUUUCUCCAGACCUAUAGGGGGCGCAGGUUUGCACAGUUUGCUAUGUUGAACCAAUUAGUUACUAGAAGAAGUGUGAUAGGAAGUGUUUGCUCAUGAGUGAAGCAAGACAUGGUGUGUUUCUUCUGAUCCAAAGCCAUCCACUCCGUUAAAUCCCUUUGAGUGGCAAUAUGAUUUCACACUUUUUUGCAUUAAAUCCUGUCCAAAUACAACACGUGCCUGUUCCUUGGAGGAAGUGAUGCAAGAGAGAGUUUAACUGGCUGUGAAUCUCAAUAUA